AUGAGACCAGCUGAUUACGUAAUCGGCGGUGGGAGUGGGAGUGGUAGCGGUGGCGGUAGCGGCGGAGUGAUCAACUGUCAAGAUUGCGGGAACCAAGCAAAGAAGGACUGUCAGCACAUGAGGUGUAGAACUUGCUGCCGGAGCCGUGGAUUACCGUGCAAAACCCACGUCAAGAGCACUUGGGUUCCGGCAGCCAAACGACGGGAACGCCAGCAACAGCUCGAUUUGUCAACACAACCACAAAAUGUCAGCAAUCAGCCGCUGAGUUUGAUGAUGAGAAGCGGUGUUAGUGGUCUCGAUCAGAAUCCAAAGAGACCACGAGAUGAUCAUCAACAGAUCGCCGGCGACGGCGGAGUCGUCAUACCUACAAUACAUCAUCACAAUAUCACUCCUUCAGGGUUUCAUUUUCCGGCGGAGUUGAAUUCUCCGGUUGUAUUCCGGUGCGUUAGAGUGAGUGGAACAGACGAAACGGAGGAGCAGUUGGCAUAUCAGACUGCUGUUAGCGUCGGAGGACAUGUUUUCAACGGAAUUCUCUACGAUCAUGGCCCCGAUGAUCAGGGUCAAUACAACAACCCCAUCGGAGAAAGCUCCUCCGUCGCCGGUGCUCAACAUGAACAUGUCAAUCUCGUUACGAGGGCUACCACAACCACCACCAGAAUUAAUCCGGCUGUCACCAUUCUCGACCCAUCUUCCAUGUAUACAACUCCUCUUUCUACUUACCUGGCCGGCGGUACGCAGUUUUUCCCACCACCAAGAUCUUGA